AUGGAGCUUCCACCGGCCAAGAUGCGGCGGCAUCGCUUUCAGAAAGUUGAGGAGCGCGUGAGUAACCUGCAGAAUGAACUUAUAUUGCAUGCAAAGACAACAGGCGCCGUGGAUGAGGCGUCGCAGCUCUCGUUCAAAGAGGAGCUGGCGCUGCAGGCAGAGCUCACAACGCUCGACAGUUUUCAGUUCCUGUUUCGCUCGUUGCAGCCGCUAGUGACUACUACUCCGCAAUUACUGCACCAUCUGAAGAAGGUGGUGAAGCGGCUGCAGAAGGAGCUACAGGAAGCGCGCGACGACAGCACUGAUCUCGUCGUGCAGCGACAGAGACUCGUACCCGUGCUGAAGUUGAUUACAGCGCUGGCUCGAGAGCUUGGCAAGGAGUUUUACUCGCACUUUGCCGGCGUCCUCCCGCUUGUGGUGGCUGUGGUCGACACGAAAGACCCGGAGCUUAGUACUCAAGUGUUCAAGACACUCACGAUGCUGUUCAGCUACCUGCGCGUACAGCUACUGGCUGACAUGGACGCAGUGCACAAAUGCUACUUCCCACUACUUGGGCACCCGCGAGAGUUUGUCCGUAGUUUUGCGGCGCAGACGCUAGCAGUGCUACUGAGACGACUGGAGUCGCCUAAAGCGAUGAGAAAAUACCUGCGAGCUUACUUGACAGCAUUGGUGAAGGGUUCUGGUCGCAACAAUGAGGUUUUGAAAGACGGAUCGGCCAAAUUGUUUUUUGCGCUCGUGAAGAACGUUAGCCAUGGAUUUCACUCACGCAUGCGCGAGGUGCUAUUGUUCUUGCUCAAUUCAUUCCGACCCAAAGAUUCUGAGAUGGAGGAGACACAGGAGCAGCUUGAACAGCAAGAAGCAAUUUUUGAGAUUGUGUAUCAGACGUGCGGCUUUAUGAUGAAGCACGCCGAUGCUGCCCACUCGGGCGAAAUGCUUGAGUGUAUUGUGCUAGUGGUGAACAAAGUGACGAACCUUCGGCAUGAGAAAGAUAAGGUUCCGACAGAAGUAGACGAUUUGUACUUGAGUCGUGUGCUACGAGUGUUGCUUGGAUUUUUGAUUUCGCGAAUGGGCAAACUGAUUACGGAGGCGAACGAUGCGUAUGAGGUGCGAGUGCAUAGUGUUCACAAGGUUUGUGCUGCUCUGGUGUCUUCUGACAGUAAGGUGCUAGUCUCUCAGAGCACAGUACUGCGAGAUGUGCUUUUGCAGAUACUGGAAGUAGUUUGGCGGCUGUUUCCUGCUCAAGCCGACGUAAUUUCCGCCGAAGUGAAGGCUAUAUUUGCUGUGGCAAUGAUAGAUGAUAAGCAGAUAUAUUGGCGUCAGAAGCUUUUGGCAUUUAUAGGUCAGGCUCUGCACAAUAGUCGCAUCGAAAUAAGCUUCGUAAUCGAGUUUUUACUCCCCAACGCCCUGGAGUUUGCACUUAAGACCCUGGUGAAAGCUGACGUUGGUGCAUUCAGUGAGUUAUUGUGUCGAUUCGGAGAUUAUCUGAUGGAAAAUGCAGGUGAAAUUAGUGAGGGCCAGAGUGUGAAUAUUGUACGCUCAAAAAACGGAAGUCGAUUUUGGUUGCUUUCAUUUCACAAUGUUGAUACUAACGCAGAGAAGCCGCUUUUUGACGCUGGGCGGAAGCUCUUUGAGCAAAACGGCAACGAAGAGGAUAGUGAUGGUUUGGCUGUAAGCUGGAAGUUUUGCAAGGCGUUGGGCUGUUUGCAGCUAAAUGAUGCUAAACUGGUAAGUUUCACGACGCCCAUUAUCACGAAUCUCGAUAGGCGCCUCGAGGCAGAACCUGCCGUGCCGUCGGCUAUAAAACUUGCCACUGUCCGUGCUGAGCUAUGGCAACUGCAGCAAAUUGCCCAACGCCAAACCAAAGACAAGGAUUUGGCAAUAAUGACGGAGGAUGUGGUAGAGGCACUGCUUGGAAACAAGGUCUCAUAUAAAAAGCUGUCGACGUUCUUGAUGCUGAUUGACAUGGAAACUGUAGAGAAACAACAUGCAGCUCUGACAAUUGAUUUACUGCCUCGUGUGACAAGCUCUCUUCUUGCAAUACUGCGAUCUCCCGCACAUGAGCUGCGUUUGUUGACGCUGCAGUUGCUGGCUCGCUUUAAGCGCCUGGACUUUUUGGAUGCUGAUAGCGACACACUAAGCGGGCCAUGUACUCUUCCAGAUAUAUGCGCGAACCUCGAGCUUUCAUGCAAGGAUAUCUCUGUGACCACUGAACGCGAGGUGGUGCGUUUGCUGACACGAGUAAAAAUUCUUUGUCGCUCAACUCAGACUCCUGAACUGUACAAGAAGAUUGCGUUGAAUCAAUUGUUGGGGCUAUACCACGUUAAGUUUUCUACGAUCUGGUCACACAUUGCCGACGCAGUGGAGACUAUUGUGCGGCUGCACUUUAACGAGCUUUGGCCAUUCAUCAGUGUGGACCUUUUGGAGUCUUCACUCCGACAUGAAAAUAUGAGCGAAAAGCAAAAUGACGAUCCGACUAACCAAAGCGCUGUCGCGCGUGAGUUUGAACGUGUGUGUAUGCUGGAGCAGGGUAAAGUAUCUGUAUCAAGCAUUACAGAUGCUUCUACUCACCAUUCAAUACUUUGGAAGGGGCUCAUGAAAUUUGUUGAUCUCGUGGAAACUAAGACAAAAUUUAUGGUGCCGCUCUUCCUCACGUUUUUGCGCGAUCAAUACAGCGCUAUUUACGUGGAUGAGCUAGACGCUAAACGUCUCGAAGAAAUUGAUCAGGCACUUGCGAAGCUCGAAGAAGCCAACGGCUGCAGCUCCGGUGACCCCACCUUUCCUGAUUGGCGAGUGCCAGUUGAGUUCCGGGGCUUGACCACUAAGGAUGUGCGGGGCAGAUUUGUGGAUCAGCUGAAGCUUUUUGCGGCAUUCCACAACAUGAAGGCCUUGCAGUGUCUUUAUGCAUUUGGGAGCAAGGCUAUCGUGUCGUACAAAACGCAGCUGAAUCGAUUGACCGACUCGUCUUCAUUCCGCGAAGAACUCUCAAGCUUUAAGGUUGGAGACGGAGAAGGCGUAGUGCUCCGAGAACACCGCCCGGAAUUGCUUCCUGUGCUACUGCGAGUCCUGUAUUCGAAAUGCGUUAGUAAGAGAGGUCGUAACAACGGUGACACCGUAGCCGCUCGUCGUGCUGCCAUUCUAGCGUAUCUGGCAGUGCUGGAGGCAACUGAGCUAGCAAACUUUGUGGCACUGGUGGUCAGGGCAUUUGAUGUGACAAUUGAAGCUCCCGAGAGCAACGAUCCAGGAACUUGUGUCACUGCUCAGACUGUGCAGCCUGUGGUAGCAGUUGUCAACGUGCAGCCUUCGCGCAUCUUGGGGUUCUUGAAUUUGCUAGAGGACAUUAUCAAUCAGCUCGGUGUGAAGCUGGCUGCUUUUGUACCUCGUAUUGCUGACGUACUGCUGGCCAUUCUUCAGAUAAGUGUUGUUUCAACCGAAGACGACAAUUGGUUAACUGGUGUCGAAGAGAAUAAUAAAGAGGAAGCCAUACCUGCUGUCGGCUCGAAGCGCAAACAAGAUGCGACGCUACCGGCCGCUGAUACACUAGCAACAUCUGCAUCGAUGAAAAAGCAAAUCCGUAUGUUGACUUACCGCCGGCUCGCAGAGUUGAUUGAUACGUUUGACACCCUGGUACAACUACAACCGUGGAUAGUUGCGGUGCUGGAGACGUCACACGACUCAAUCAUGCACCUUCCCAGUGCGGUUGUCGGUGCUGACAAGGCUUCGGCGCUUUUGGAACUGCUUGUGGCGGUGGGUCGCGCAGACAGGGCGCGUCAGUGUAUUCCGGAGCCCAUCAUGCUUCGCGUCAUCUCCUGCUUGUCAGCUGGCUUGACGUCAGCGAGCGCGCUGUCUGCAUUAACUCGUGGUGUUUCCCCUGAGAUUCUAGACACAAUUUUGCAAUUUAUGGACUCGUUGCUUGAUGGAGACGAGCGCAUGAUUGCUGAGCAUGACCAAGACGUCAAUAUGAUUGCCUCUAACACGGUCGAGAAGGUUUUACUGGUGCCUCAGAUCCCGUUUGUGCUGGAGCAGUUUGUGUACCGUUUUCAGGCCAAGGCCGCACGCUACGCGAGUGACCGGUACGCAGGAUCGUCACGCAAGGAACUUGCAUUCCUCUGCCGUCUGUCACGCCAUUUGGAUGCGUCUAAGGGAGACGUUGCGAGUGCUGCACACGAUUUGUUCCAGUUAUUGCUGCCAUUUUUGCUGCGCAAUCAUCAGACAUCGCCGAGCGACAAAGAAAACUUGCUUGAGGUGUUAGCGCGCUUGGUUCCCAAGCUUUCAGAACCUAAAAAGCAUGUGUUGGCCCUUGCGCGGCUGCUAGCCCCGGGUCCAAACUGCAUCACUGAUCGUGACCCACGCCUGAAACUUGUGCUGGUGUUUACAGCCGUCGGUGCACAUCCUGCGCUUAAGGAGGUGGCUCUUGUGGCAGAGUUGCUUGCUGAGCUUAACGCAUAUGACGCCAAGCGCAUUGAAGUGACAGACUAUGAGCGUCGCCUCAUUGCGCUUAACCUGCGUAGCGGUGCACUUGCUGCACUUACGACCUUCCUGGGAUUGGCUGCAGAGGUUGCAGCAGGACAAACAGAGAAAGCGGAUGUUGUCAAGUCUCCUUUGCUCAAUGCGCUAGAGUCGCUUGUGAUGCCUUGCGUGCGAGCAAGUCUGCGCUCAAAAGAUGAUAAUGCGCGGCGUGGAUUCGUGACGUUACUGGGAUCGCUGGCGGACCACCACGAGGCGUUCAAGCAUUUUGCGUUUGUUCCAGUCGACUUGGUACUGGCGCGUAACAAGGAGGAUCCUGAGGCCGACUUUUUCUACAAUGUUACUCAUAUUCAGGCUCACCGCAGACGCCGCGCACUUCAGCGCCUCAGUACGCUCAUGGACUCCAUGGCGACCAAGGCAAGGAGCCAAGUCGAUUGCAAAGCGAGCGAGGAACCGCAGUGGUUCACAAAUUCUACGGUGAAUGGUGUCGUCUUGCCGCUUGUUUUGCACUUUGUCUACGAAGCUCACUCGAAGAGUCAGGAGUCCUUGCGUGCUGAGGCCGCAGCAUGUGUUGGAUCUGCUGCUGGGCUUCUGGGCUGGUCGCACUACCUUUCGUUGUUGCGUAGGCUACUUAAGUCGAUCGAUGGACACGUAGAAAUGGAAGGUGCUAUUAUUAUGUCAAUUUGCGCCGUGAUUGACCACUUUUGCUUUGAGACACCUGGUAUUGCUGCUCGGUGGCCCUCACCGUCGACGACUAUUGGAAACGAAAAAGCCGAUAGCAAACCGGUGGAUUGUGGCGAUGAGGAUAUAGACGAAAAGGGUGCUUCUAAGGUCCAGGGCAACAUAGAGACGCAGGUACUUCCGAUGCUAUACUCGUAUUUGUUUAAGGUUGUGACAUCAAAGAAGAGCUCAAAGGUAAAGAACGACGAUGGAGAGUCAACCUCGCUCUCUCAAGAAGCAGUGUCAGUGCGUGUGCCAUUGGCCUUGGCAGUUGUAAAAGUGCUGCGUCGUCUGCGAGCUGAAACGUUCCAGCGGGAGUUGCCCAAGUUGCUGCUAAAGUUCGCGAACUUGCUAAAGAGUAAGGAUGAGGCCGUGCGUGUUUCGGCUCGCACGACGCUCGUUCGAGUCGCUGUGGAACUUGGUGCGAGCUUUAUGCUUCCAAUUAUAGAAGAACUUCGCCACACUUUGCGCGAUGGAUAUAUGGUUCACGUGCUGUCCUUCACCGUGCAUGCGCUAUUGGAAAAGCUGCCAGAGAUAAUGCAGGUGGAUGGACAGUCUGGAAUUCUUCGCAAGCCGCAGUCGUUGUUGCUCACACAAAAUAAGGAACAAGAGGCUGAGCAUGAGACCGAAUUUGCCUCACCACUAGAUGGUUGCGUACCGAUUGUGAUGGAGAUUCUAGCUGCAGAGCUGUUUCAGGGCAUGACUACUAUCGGCGAGGCAGCGGAGGCAGCCGCUGGAGGCGCGGAACGUAAGUCUGCGCAGAAGUCCAAGAUGAAAGAGGCGCGCUCGAGCGGUGGACGGUGUUUAGACUCACUGGAGUUGCUGGCAAGAUCAUUACCAUUCCUUCCCAAUCCGAGUAUUCACGAAGUUGUGAGUGCGCUAGUGAAGCGCUUUCAGGCCACAGAUGCUGGUGCUCAAGCUACUACUGCGCUUCAAGAGGCAUUUAAACGCGUGGCGAUUGGACUUGCUAAAAAUCCGUCCGUAGAGACGACUUAUAUGUUCCUAUACGCAUACAACGUUCUCAACUCGAGUCUCGAGAGCCUGCGCCCGACUAGUGAAAGAGAAAAAGCGCAGUACGAAGCAGGUGGUAGCUGCUCCUCGCUCGUGACAUCGUGGCUUGUGUCAGAAAAAAGUGCGGCAGCCACCAAGCUGCUAGUAGCUCGAGUAAAAUCGCGGGAUACCGCGCGGGUUCUGAUGCAGCAGCAGGUUACAGGCUUUGACAAGAUGCGCCAACAGCAACAAAGCAAAACCAAGAAGCAAAAACGUGACGAAAUUGUUGCCCUGCUAGCCGAAAACACGGCACAUAUCCGAGAGCUGUUGAACUUUGCUGUGUUUUUGGUAUUGUCUUUUCUUCGCAAGAGCAGCAGCGCCGAGGACCAGGCAGGUGAGACAAAAAAGAACGUCAAUGCUCCUGCCCAGCUGAUCGACCCGUUGGUGCCGUUGUUGAUGCGCUGCGCUGGCGAAUCGAAGAAUGACCGCGCUGUUAUUAACGCGCUGAAGUGCUUAGGCUCGCUGCUUCCCAGACAAGACGAAUUACCGGCUUUGCGAGUAGCACGCUUACCACUUCUUGAUCGACUGUUCAAGAUUCUGCAACAGGCAGGGGCUGCUACGCGCAACGAGAUGGUUCAGACGUGCUACCGCACGCUUACUGCACUCCUCCGACAACAGCAAGGUUUGGAGCUUGCAGAAGAGAAUGGUGCCGUGCCCCAUGAGUCAGAGAAUCUCCGACUGACGGAGCCUCAACUACGUGUGCUUUUAAGCUUCUUGCGUGCUGACCUGGACGAACAAGACCAUCAGAAUGCCACCUUUGCUCUGCUAAAGGCUAUUGUGAACUCUCGCCUCAUUAUGAGUGAAGUGUAUGAUGUAAUGCUGCGUGUUGGCGAGCUGCUAGUUCAGAGCGACGCCCCUAGUGCGCGUCUGAACUGUGCAAUGAUCUACCAAACUUUUCUGCUUGAAUACCCUCUUGGAAACAAGCGGCUGUCCCGUCAUCUCAAGUUUUUGAUUGACAACUUGAGCUAUGGACAUGCUACAGGGCGCUCAGCAGUUCUCCAGGCUCUUCGUUCUCUUCUUCUGAAGCUUCCCCAGGACUUGGUGAAUCUUCGCGCCCAGUUCUUCUUUUUGCCACUUGUGCUCCGACUAGCCAACGAUGAUGCCUCAGAAUGCCGCGGCCUCGCUCGAUCAGCUUUGAGCACUUUGGUGCGUCGUAUGGGCAACAAGGAACUGAACGAAAGCAUCUUGCUAGUGGGCACAUGGUGGACGCAAGCUUCAAACUCGGAUGCUACGGAUGCAGUAAAGCUACUGGGAACGGCAGCACAGGUGACGACGCUUGUAUUGGAGAACCGGCCCGAGUUUUUUGAGCGUAGUGCACCCCAGGUCUUGCUUGCGGCUCGCACGGCGCUCGAGCGUCGUCAACGUGAGCUUGAUAUUAUUGAAGACAGUACGCAGGUGCGAUGGCAGCCAACGUACCAUGUUUGUGUUGCACUCGCCGCCUUCAGCAAUCAUCUUGCUGGUCCUUAUGAACUGUGGCUGGCGGAUGAUAAACCGACGACGAACUUCUUGGAUGUCGUGGUGCUGCCGUUGCUGCAAUAUCCGCACGCAUGGGUGCGUCUUGGUGCAGCACGGCUCCUGACGUCGUACUUGCGUCGCCGUCAAGCACGUACGCUUGCGUAUGCGGCCCCGGUAAAGCGUUUGCCUGGAGAUGCUCUCGAGCGUUUGCAUAACGGUGCAGUGUACUUGCAGCGCCCUGGGCGUCUGUUUGUUUGGGCUAGUGCAUUUUGCAAGCUGCUGGAAGCUCCGGCAUUGAAUGACGAGCUGGCAAAUGAAGUGCUCACAGCGCUGCCGUUCUUGUGCGAAGCACUUGAGACCACCACCAUUCCACAGGAUGUGAUAGCUGCAGCGUCUGACGCCAUUAUCCAUGACGAGUUGGAUGCAAUACCUACGGGUGAAGUGAAAGAUGAGGUAGAAGUGGACGAUGCAGAAGGUGGCAACAAAGGUGAUAAGGAGCAGACUGGCGAAAAGGAACGUGAUAUCGAGGAACUACAGCGACGUGUGGAGCAGGAGAAAGAUGAAGACCGUGCAAAGUCAUGUACCCCCUAUGGGUUGGCUAUUGACCCGACUCUCGUAUGUCUCUCGUGGCUCGAGCUGCAGUAA